CGCACAACAUAUUUGCGCACGCGGUGACGUCAUUCAGAACACAACUUAAACGUACUCCUAGAAAAAAGAAAUCGCCAAAGGAAGGAUCUCUGUGCUCAAAGGGGUUGUAUUUGGUGUUUAUUUGUAUUCCAGGAGAAAUUUCAUAUACGGCGGCCCAAUCGGAAAUAUCUCUCAAGGAAUUCGAACCCAAAGCGUAGGCAGGAGAGGUUGGCAGAAACCCGGAAGUGGCGUCUCAGGUGCCGGUGGAGGUGGAAACAUGAAGAGAACUUUUGCUGUCAGAAGGACUUCUGUGCGGUUUUGACGCGUGUGGCAACUGUUGGGGGUGUAAUAUUGAACUGGAACAUACGACUGAACUCUAUAGUGACCCCAGGGAUUUGGUGAAAUCAAGAAGUGGACUGGAAAAAGACGUGGAAUGGAGAAUAUGGCAGGAGUUCCUGUUAUUCUAAAUGUAUACGAUAUGUACUGGAUCAAUGACUACACAUCACCCAUUGGACUGGGAGUCUUUCACACAGGUGUUGAAGUCAACGGCAGAGAAUUUGCCUAUGGUGGACAUCCAUUUCCAUUCACUGGAAUCUUUGAAAUCACCCCAGCUAAUGCUGAAGAACUAGGAGAGACCUUUCGAUUCAGGGAGUCCAUCCACCUAGGAACAACUGACUUCACAGAGGAAGACAUUCACAAGAUCCUGGAGGAGCUUGGGAAGGAGUUCCGGGGAGACAAGUACCACCUGAUGAACAGGAACUGUAAUCACUUCUCAGCGGCCAUAGUACAGAUCUUAGUAGGAAAGGAGAUCCCUUCUUGGAUCAACCGCCUAGCCUAUGUCAGCUCCUGCAUACCGUUCCUCCAAAGAUGCUUGCCCAAGGAAUGGUUGACACCUGCAGCUCUGCAGAACUCCAUCAAGGAACCCGAGCCAGAGAGACCGCAUAUAUAAUAGCUGGGUCGACCCUCAGGUGGCCUGAACUCCUGCCAAAGGAACCCUCCCUUGCAGCUCUCAUUUAGGCAUUCAAAAGAAGUUGGACAGAACCAACAGGGAUGAUUCUUUGUUAGGGUCAGGACAUCAUUUCAGUCCCCAGAAGUCUGCAUUCUAAUUCAGAAAUACAUUUCCUUUCUCAGAUGAACUGGCUGUGCUUCAGAACAGUGUCUGCACCUGCCACUGAUAAACUUCUCACAACCAUGGCUUUAAACUGAUAAUUAAUCAGUGUUACUUCCACAUUUUGAUUUACUACUACUUAUACUAGUCUUUGAAUUCAACUGCUGCCAUUUAUCACAUCUUACUGUGUAAAUUUGGCUGUAACACAAAUCUGUGUAAAUUUGGCUGUAACACAAAUUUCAUAAUUCGAGUUAAUUGGAGGUUUGAGUGAUUGAUUGAAUGGUUUAUAUGAUGAAAAAAGUUGCAUUGUGCAUCUUGGUCAUUACCAUCUAGCUAACAUUGAUAGGUGUCAGCUUGAAGCCUCCGAAGACAUACUUCCAGCCAAAACAUCUUAACCACUCUUUGUAAUUUGAUCAGAAGUUGCGGCAGAAGAUGUAAUUUAAACAUUGUAGCUGAAGUUGUGUUCUUUGUUCUUGCCUCUUAAGAUCAUACCUAUGGCAAGAGUUCAGGCUUACCUCCUACUUUGUAACUAACAACUGGCAAAUUUUCUAAGGUUUGACUCUAAUGACCUCUUACCUCCUCACAGGGUUCAAUAAGUCCACUUAAUAAGGACAUUUCAGGUAGUAACUUAUGACAACACUAAUGUACAAUAAGCGUAAGUCUUCUCUAAGGUCAAGUAGAAUUUCUACCUUUCUCCAAGGGGCUAAUCGGUAUUGUAGCAAGGCUCUUUGUGUUGAUGUUGUUUACAUAACAACUUCGCAAUUUAUGAAAGAGCCAAAACAGACUAUGGGGAAAAAAACUACAUGUAACUGUAAACAAACUGAGAAUUUAAAGACUGUGCUUCUGUUUAUACAAUGCAGUGAAUGGCUAGAAGUCAAGGUUUGCUCCCACCCCAGUUCAUUCAUAUUGAUAAAAAUCAAACUAUCAACUGUAAAUUCAUUUCAAGUUCACAGCACUUAGAUUUCCUGGCAAUGUGAAAAUCAAGAGUUUGGGGUAUGUUUAAGCUUGUUAUUGAAACAGUAACAGUGGAAGGCAAAACAGAAGUUUGUGUGUGGUGAAUGUGCAGUAUGAGGUCACUGCGAAAGCUAUGAAGAACCCAAACAGGGGAUAAUUAAGACUUUCACAGUUUCAGUACAAAGACUGAUCAGCCAAUGAUAAGAAGGAUUUAACCAACACUUUAUCAUAUAAAAAUCCGUACUUUCACAGAUCAUUGGAAAGUAAAUCUCAUGCCAGUCAUACAACACUUGUGGAAGUCAUGCAAGAAUCUUGACAGUAAUUUGUUGGAUAAAAAGAGGGAAAUGAGAGGAUUACUACACAUGUGCUAAGAUCUCUACUGAAGGGAAUGAUUUCUGUCAUUUGUUCAGUUUCCAGAAAUAGAUUGUAUAGCAUCAUUCUAAGUACAAUAUAUUUAUGUCAGGUCUUCUAAGGUACUGUCAGUUACAUGGCUUUUGUAGACAAUCAUGGAGGCAACAUUGUAAGUUUAUGUAUGUGUAUUAUUUAUUCAUGUGUCUACUCUAAGUAUCAAUAGGGCUCUUUCAGUCAUAAAAGAAAGGGUUUUGUGUUUUUCUUGUUUGCUGAUUUCUUUCCUAGAUCACUCUAAGAAAAAUCAAUAAUGUGAAGACCAGAAACAUGUUAAUAGACUCUUUUG